UUUGUCUUCAACAUAAAAUAUUAUUGACAUCGUUGAGAUCAACUUGCACGUUUGAGAAAUUGGUGGAAAUCCUUCAUCUUUCGCAUCCAGACAUUCAAGACUUUGGCAAAGAUCAUAUUCAUGGCGACAGGAAAUGAAAAUACUUUGCAAGGUUAUGACGUGAGUCGUUUUCAAGCAGAAGUCAGAGAGGAUGUGCUUUGUUCUAUUUGUUAUAAAGUUCCAAAGAAUCCCAGACUUUGCCAACACCAAGAACAUGUAUUUUGUUUGUCUGAUAUCUCACAAUGGCUCCUAGGAAAUAAAACAUGUCCAGUUUGCAGAGAUCCUCUGAGUCAAGAAACCUUGAGACGACCAACGGGAUUUCUGAAGAAUUAUUUGAACGACCUAAAAAUCAAGUGUGAUCAUCAUGAACGAGGAUGUCCUGACUACGUUCGUCUGGAACAUCUUCCAAAACAUGUUGAGCAAUGUGGAUAUGCUCCUGUCAUGUGUCGUAAUGAAGGAUGUGAUACAGAGGUCAAUAGAAGAGAUGUUGAAAAUCACGAGAAAAAUUUUUGUCAAUUUAGACUGGCCAAAUGUCACGACUGUAAAAAUAUCAAGAUAAAUGUGGAUGGAUUAAGAAUGAGUCAGAAUGAAAUUAAUGUUGGAAUGACUUCACUGGAAAGAAAACAGGAUGAAAUAAAGAAAAAUGUGGAUGGAUUAAAAAUGAGUCAGAAUGAAAUGAAUGUUCGAAUGACUUCAUUGGAAAGAAAACAGGAUGAAAUGAAGAGAAAACAGGAUGAAAUAAAGUGCAUAGGUUACUGA